ACUUUUUCCUUUCAGAUGAAUGCUGUCUUCCUAAGAUUGAUUGAGGUGUCUGAGUAGAACCAUAAGGAAUUCCCUUUAGAAGCAAAGUUCUUCAGAGGAACGCCCACACCACCCCCAACUUCUCAGGAUAAGACAAGAAUCCAGUCAGUGCUAUUUGUCUAUUGUUCUACCAACAGCAAUACUUUUAUUUGCCAGGCACUGGACUUGUCAGACAAGAAACAUAUCCCAGCAACCGAUUCUUGUAAAUGCAAAAUGACUCCAUUCAACCAAGAAAGCAAGAGCUUUUGAACACUUGGGAAAGAAUUUAUCCACUGCUUUCUCUGCUCUUUUGACAUGGGCUUACAAAAUUGCAGCGGCUGUUUGAGUUGCCUGUUGAUCCCCCUGGCACUGUGGAGUAUUGUUGUAAAUAUUCUUCUAUAUUUUCCUGAUGGGAAAUCUUCAUACGCCUCCAGCAAUAAUCUCACCAACUAUGUGUGGUAUUUUGAAGGAAUCUGUUUCUCAGGUAUUAUGAUUCUUAUGCUGGCAGCACUUUUGGUAAUUCUGGACCGGGAUACCUUUUAUAAAUGCUUCCAAAGUGAAAGUUGCACCAGAACAUAUAGGCGUUUCAUUUCUGUUGUGCUUUCCCUACUAGGGAUUGCAUUCUCUGGCUACAGUCUGAUCAUAUCUGCUUUGGGCUUAGUGCAAGGCCCGUACUGCAAAACCCCAGCUGGCUGGGAAUAUGCCUUCAAAGACACUGCAGGCAGCUACCUCACGGAUCAUACUUCCUGGUCCCAAUGCACUGAGCCUGCUUAUGUAGUGGAGUGGAACAUCAUUUUGUUUUCUAUUCUGAUAGUUCUUAGUGGCCUUCAAAUCUUGAUCUGCUUUCUGAAAGUAAUUGCAGAACUAAAGCAAAUCCUGUGUGGAAAUUAUCCCAUCUAUGUUGAGCCUGCACUGAUCUAAAGUCUUGGGGGAUGACUCCAACAUGACUCCAUCAUAUUCCUGAGCAUACAUUUUGAUACUAAUUUUUAAAGCAGGUUCCUCUGUUUCUGUGUUACACAAGAAGGAAAGCCAAUGUUCUUCCAACAUAUUAUUUAUGAUGCUCCACACGCUUCAGCUCAAGUGUACAGUUUUUGGAAAGUCCAUUUUUCUUGUUGCCCGUUUGCAUACCUUUUCCCUCCAUUGCAUUUGUUAUAUCUUUAAGUUGUGAGCUCCUUGAAAAAUGAUGGAUCUUUUGUUUUUACAUAAUGUAAAGCACUUGCAUAUCAUGAAUAAAUAUUUAGUUGAUUGAGCAAUCACAUUAUUGUGAAAUGGCAACAGGAACAUUCUUCGGUGAUAAACAUAUAUCUGGACUACACCAUUUUGGAUCAGAAAUGGGAUCUUGCAUGAUUUUAUUCACAACUGAAUAAAAACUUCCCUCCGCACAGAUGCUGGGAGAAAUGUCAUAGUGUGAGAGGAGAUUUGGGGAAUGUCUUUUGCAUGCAGAAACCCGUAAGAACAGUCUUACCCAUUGGGUAAGUUCACCCAUUGAGCGAGAAGACUUGAGGGUUUCCUAAUUUUCCUUAAUGAAAUACAGUUAUAUUUACUUUGGAUAAUUCCCCACAGGGAGUAUCCUUAAUUAAAAAACACACUCAGUCCUAACUGAAAAUACUUUGCACCUCUUCACAUACUUGUGAUCUCAUACUGUCUUUUAUUUUCAACAGCCAUUUUAUUUCUGGCUCAGUUGCAAUGUUUCUGGAAUCACUGAAAACAUGCCCCUUGCAUUUGUUGUACUGAAGCUCUGCAGAACUUACUGAGCAGAUCAUCUCCCCAUUGGUGAUAGCUUGCCUUUUUACCUGCUCCAAGGAAAUUAUUGCUGUUGUGCAAUAAUUGGGUCAGAAAAUAAAAAAUUGAUAAAGUUGCU